AUGAAAGCCAAGCAAUCUUCCACCACAGGAACUCUGGACAGUUACCCGCAGGAAGUGGUAGCUGCCAUCGAUACGUGUCUCGCGCAUGGAGAGUCGGUGGAUUGCGAAGCUGUAAAAAAGAUCAAGAACGUUCCUAUCUACUCUCGGUAUUUUACCAACAGGGAGUGUGUCAAUCGUCUCGCCCAGGACGCGGUCGCGACUUCACGCCCACAACGAGCAUUACAAAUCCUGAAUAUUGCUCAUCACUUUGGCUGUUACUUGAAACCAAAUCAUUACGAGGGCGUUGCCUAUCAUCUAGCAAGCCGAAGCCAUUGGGAUUUGAUCCCCCUGCUAGUUAUAACUGCCAAGCACCAUUGUGGCCGUGCAUCGGUCCGACUCCUCAAUUGGAAUAUGCGCGCUUUCGUAGAGAAUCAACGUUACGAUCAACUCGACCACGCAUUCGAGGAGUUCACAAACGCAGACCUCCCACCAAACAGGCGAACGUUUCAUCUCCUUAUUUCAGGUCACCUUCGGAACCGAAAUUUGAAUCCUGCAAAGCAGUACAUGGAGAAGAUGGCUGUCGCUGGGUUCCCCGUAGACUCUUCUACUCAUGCUGUCAUCGUUGCUGCCUAUCGUUCUCUCGGAGUAGACCUGAAGGUGCAAAUCCGUGCCUUCGAGGGUUUACGCGAUCUAGAUGGGCGGCAGUCCACUGUUGUACUCAACAGCAUCGUCCAACAGCUUCUAGACUCGAGGGACGAAGAAGCAGCAGCGCGUUUUAUUCUUGCAUUCGAUCUUCCUGGUGGACGCGGCCGAAAUCCCACGGGAUCUGGCAGUACCACCGGGCUCGUUGGCGAUCCCGCUCCCGUAGACUCCCCUGCUGUAAAGCCCAAUGCGGCUACUUUCUCAAUUCUAUUGCGCUAUAUGGCAAGAGAAGGCAAACUUUCGCGCAUGCUCAAACUCCUGGACCACAUGAAACGAGCCGGUGUCCAUCCAGAUCCCUCCAUUCUAGCAGCCCUCAUUCAAGGAUAUCUAGCUACAGGUCAUAGUCGUGAAGCCAUUAGUAUCGUCGCCAUGUUGUUGAACACACGAUCUGCUGCUGCUGCUGAGGUCUUCUGUAGCAUGAUGCAGGUACAACCGCUGACAACACUUCCGGUUGAUGUCCGGGGUGUUCCCUUGACAGCGCAUAUAUUCAAUGCACUAAUGAGUGGAUUACUUGACGUCAUGGGCCUUCAAGCGGUGCGAGAUAUCUUGCGGACGAUGCGUGCUGUUGGGAUCAGUCCUGAUAGUCACACGGUGGAAAUUCUUAUGAGUUUCCUCGAACGAGCACAAGGGACUGGUCCUCGUCAGUUGAUACGUGUCCUUCGUUCAUUUUCAUCCCCUUCCCUUCGACCUACCAUCCGACACAUCCACAUCAUCCUGCGGAGCAUCCUUCGUCGCGAGAAAUUCAUGGCUCACGGAUGUGGGUGGGACACGACUGCUGCCAAGUACUCCAAGAAGCGAACUUACAAGCCAAAGUUCCCGGAGGGACGUAUUCUGGACACCACUGAACACUAUCAUCCUACAGCCGGUCUCAAACUUCCCCGUCGUUUACGGUUGAAAUCCUGGUUUGGACCGAUCCUGCAGUCGGUCUCCCGGCAGGCUGUUAAAAGUGAUCGUGCUACAAUUGCACUUAGGCUGAAGCAUGAGGCAGUUGCUGGGUCUGACAUGGGGACUUCCCAAACUGCUUUCCGAAAUAUGUUGGAUCAAGGGCUUCAUCCAACCAUCCACCAUUACUCCACGCUUAUGGACGGGUACGCGAAGAUGGGUGACAUCCAAGGCGCUAAACAAGUGCUUCGAGAUGCACUUGAGGCUGGCAUCCAGCCAAAUGUGAUAAUGUACACCAUUCUCAUCAAUGGCUAUGGUCGCCGAGGAAAGCCAGAGGAAGCCAUGCGGGCUUUCCGUGCAAUGAUUCGUGCUGGUAUUGUUCCUGAUGUGCCCUCCAUCGACGCAGUUGCCCAUGCAUAUUUUGCUGUGGGAGCAUAUUCAGUAGCAAGACGCGUCCUACGCGAAAUGUGGGCACAAGUUCAACCAUUUCCUCCUGAGCUGGAGCAUGCCGAUCUUCGCACACUAGCCGUGACAUUCCGCUCCUAUAGCUUGAACCCGGAACAUAGAAGACGCAAAUUGUCCAUGCGUCAACAACGUCUGCUGCACUGGAAGAUGAGGACAAUCAAAACGGAGUGGAUGCGAUUUGAGCAGUGGUCAGGGUCACAUUCUGAUGGGCUUGAUAGACGCGAUGGAUAUUUGCAUAAAGAGGGAUAG